GUGAGUGACGUCACGUGGCCACCGAGCGCGGCGGAUCAGUUGGUUUGGGAGGCAUUUCGGUUAGGAAGCACGGAAUCCGCCGAGGAACGCCACAGACGCCCCGGGAUGAGUGAGCCCCGGAGCCGCAGAGCUGAAGCGAGCAGCUUCCGAUGCUGAAAUCAGCCGGGUGGUGUGGUGUUUAGAUGAGCCGAGGUGUGCAGCGAUGGAGAGCACAGCAGAGGGAAUGCUGGGAAACGAUGAUGGGUCCGAGGCGUUGAGAAGCAGCGGUGAUGGUGUCGGCGGCGUCUCGGUGACGCUGGAGAACGAGUCGGUCUGGAGCCGCUUCCACAGCCUGGGCACGGAGAUGAUCCUGACGGCGCGGGGCAGACGCAUGUUCCCCUGCUGCCGCUUCCGUCUGAGCGGUCUCCAGCCUGACCUCAGCUACUUCCUGAUCCUGGACAUCACGCCUCUGGAUGAGCUCCGACACCGCUGGACCGGGGACACAUGGGAGCCGCAGGGAGCCGGCGAGACGCACCUCCAGAGCCCAGUGUGUUUCAGGGAUGGAGCGAGUACUGGCUUCAAGAUAAAUCAAGAUAAAAUUCCUCGCGUGUGUUUCCAUCCGGACUCUCCGGCUCCGGGUCAGCGCUGGAUGGACGGGCCCGUGUCCUUCUACAAGAUGAAGCUGGCGCACAGCUCUGAGGAUCCGGACGCCGCUGUGGUUCUGCGUCCCAUGCACCGCUAUCAGCCGCGGCUCUACGUGGUUCCGGUCAGCGACUGUCCCGAGCCGGACGCUCACGUCUUCACCUUCCCCAAAACAGCGUUCUAUGCGGUGACCAGCUACCAGAACCCGCUGAUAACCCGGCUCAAGAUCGACUGCAACCCCUUCAUGCUGGCGUUCAGAGAGGACGGGCCGAGCGCUCGCCUCAUCCAGAACAAGCUCAAGCUGGCUCUGAACGGACGCCCGGCGACGCCCGCUGACCGAGAGAAACACUGCAGCUCGACGCACACACAGAUCAUGAGUCCAGUGAAGAGGGAAGGAAGCGGGCGUCCCGUGAUGAGACGCUCGUUAGAGAUAGAUCAGCCCCUGAAUCAGCUGAUGAGGUGACUCUGGGAC